CUGCGCUCGGUCUAUGUCUGUGUCGCUCUGCGGAGGCGUUCAACUCCGAAAGAUACAACUCGAAGAUACGUCGAACAAAUAACAAAUAAUUCGAAUUCAAUAACAAGAAACAAAUGCACAUUUAUUAGCGAUUGCCCAACGACUGAAUGGAAUAUUAACUAUAGUAGUAGUGCCAAGUGUGAAAAGUGCUCGAAAUGUCCAACGAAAUGAGUUGCCAACUGCGGCCAAGCCUAGAACUGGCCAAGGCUUGUUGUUAGAGAAAAACAUAGUAAAAAAUAGUAAAAAGAUACAAAACAUAAACACGUAUCGACAACUGUAAACAAGCUAGAUAGAGAGAGUGUGUGAGUGAGUGUCGCAAUCCAACAGCAAAUUACAACCAUCAGGCUACAAAGGCAACCUACAAGAUGCAGUUUUGGAUAACUCUGACAUUUGCUUUGCUCUUGGUGGCUACCAAUUGUCAUGGAAUGGCCACCGUGUCCGCCUCGCUACCCACUCCGGCUGCCCAGGUGGCGCCAGCCCCAUCCCCGGCCGGUGUGGCCUCCCCAGUGGUGCAAAAGUUUCGGGUAACCCCCCACGAUCUGCAAAUUCUCGAGGGCACCGACACCCUCCUGCGCUGCGAGGUGUCCUCCCGUGCCGGCAAGGUGCAAUGGACCAAGGAUGGCUUUGCGCUCGGCUUCUCGGCGGUGAUACCGGGCUACCCCCGCUACUCGGUCCUGGUCGAUACCAAGCAGGGGGCCUACAACCUGCAGAUCAAGAACGCCUCGCUGGAGGACGAUGCCGAGUACCAGUGCCAGGUGGGUCCGGCGGCGGGAAAUCCGGCCAUCCGUGCCAACGCCAAGCUGAGCAUUGUGGCGGCCCCGAGUAGCAUUGUCAUCGAAGGAUAUGCCCGAAAUGCCAAGGUGGAGGUGGAGGAGCGCCAGAAUCUGACGCUGCACUGCAUCGCCGAGAACGCCAAUCCGGCGGCGGAGAUUGUCUGGUACCAGGGUGAUGUACCAGUGCCCAUGGCUCCCAUUGUCUCUGUGAAUCAAACUGCACCAAAACGAUUUACGACUAGUUCCACGCUGCACCUGCAGCCGCACUCUGAGGACGACUACAAGGACUUCUCCUGCGAGGCACGCCACAAAGCCCUGCCCCCCGAUGUCCCGAUGCGCGCAACCGUCCAGCUGUCCGUUUUGUACCCACCUGGAGCUCCGUUUUUCGAGGGUUAUAGCCAAGGCGAGAGCCUGCAUCGCGGCCAGGAUGUGCAAAUAGCUUGCCGCAGUCGUGGUGGCAAUCCUCCGGCCCAAUUGACCUGGUACCGAAAUGGUGUGGCCGUCACUUCCCCCCAACGCACCUCGGGCCGCCUAUCUGAGAACAUUUACAAGUUCACAGCCUCCGAGGAGGACAAUGGCGCCAAUUUGGUUUGCGAGGCAAAGAACCUUCUUUCGAUUAGUCCCCUGCGCGCCGAAGUCAACCUCACCGUGCUGUAUGCCCCCAAGGAUGUGUAUCUGAGUGGCGCGAACCAAGCCAAGGUGGGGGAUACUGUGGAGCUCAGUUGCGUGACAGCUCCCUCAAAUCCUCCGGCCCGGAUCAGUUGGUCCCUGAACGGACGUCCCCUGACCAAUAGCACCUUCAAGACCACCAGCAGCUCUGGUGGUGGCUGGGUCAGUAGCUCCAACAUCAGUCUGACCAUUGACUCCCAGAGCAGGACCUUCAUAGCUGUCUGCCAUGCCCUUAACACGGAGCUGACCCAGAAUGUGGUGGGUUCCCACACCGUAAAUGUGCUCUACGCCCCUUCGCCUCCGCUAUUAACUGGCUAUAACGAUGGCGAUAUUUUAAUUUCCGGCUCGAUAUUAAAACUCCAAUGCAGUUCGGCCGGCGGCAAUCCUCCGCCCACUCUGCAGUGGUACAAAAACGAUAAAAGACUCAACGCCCCCUCCAAGCUGGUUGACAGCAAAAUCAGCUCGGAGCUCUCACUUCUGGUUAAUGCCUCCGACAAUAAUGCCAUUUACAAGUGCGAGGUUCAAAAUGCUGCCAUUGACAUACCACUCUUUGCCACCAAAACUCUGGGAGUUCAUUUUCCUCCAGAGACAGUUAAAAUCAGUGUGGUGCCCAAGAAUCUGGUGCCCGGAAUUCGGGCAAAGCUCAUCUGCGACUCUAGCUCUAGUAAUCCUCCGGCCAAGAUUAGUUGGUGGAAGGACGGCAUUCCCGUGGAAGGCCUCAACUUGGCCAACAGGCCAGGCCUCUGGGGCGGUUCGGUGUCAACGCUGGAAAUGUACGUGAACAUUACCCAGGAUCUGGAUGGCAUUAUCUAUACCUGCCAGAGCCACAACGAGGUAUUGCAGCGAAGCGUACACGAAACCAUCAGCUUGGACAUACUUUAUCCCCCCAAGUUUGAGACCGCACAGUCCACUAGUUUCGUGGGUGUCGAGGACGCUCCGUUCCAUGUGGAACUGGUGGCCAGCGGAAACCCCAUGUCAAUUAGUUAUACCUGGACCAAGGAUGGCCUGCCCAUUAGCAGCAACAGCUUGAGCGGCCAGCGUUUGAUCUCCGACGGACCACGUCUCAAUAUCAGUCGUCUAAGUCGCAACGAUGCGGGUGUCUAUGUCUGUGAGGCUUUAAAUAGCCAAGGCACGGCGCUGCGGGAGAUCCAAAUAGACGUUGAAUAUGCCCCUACGAUUACGUCGGUGAGCGAGGGCCGCAGCUUUGUGGCCGGCGAGCCGGCAGUCUUGGCCUGUCACAUUCAGGCCCGGCCCCUGGAGGCCGCCCAUGUGCGGUGGGUGCGCGACGGCUACGACCUGUCCACCCGCACUAUGUCCAGCUUCGAAAACGGCACUGCCCUGCUCCAGAUAGCCAGUGUGGAGCGGAGUGACAUUGGCAACUUCACCUGCAUUGUGGACAACCAACGAGGAGCUCCGGCGGCCCAAAACGUCCUCCUAGUUGUGCAAACUUCACCGGAAAUCGACCAUACCCCUGCCUUUACCCGAUACGCUGCCCGGUUGGGCGUUCGGGCCCAGCUAGUGUGCCGGGCUUUGGCCUCCCCCCAGCCCAGUUUCAUUUGGCGUCGCCAUGGCAAGGACCUCAAGAUGCAGCGCAGGAACAAGUUCAAGAGCGUCGAGCGUCAGGUGGACGUCCUGAACUAUGAGUCGGCUCUUUUGAUAGAGAACACGUCCGCCGAUGACUACGGCCAGUACGAGUGUGUGGUCCGAAACGCCUUGGGCCAGGCCAGCACUACGCUGGAGUUCAGUAAACCUACACGACCAGAUGCUCCUCUGCAGCUCAGGGUGGGAAAUGUGAGCGACACGGGAGUGGAGCUCAAUUGGCUGCCGGGCUUCGAUGGCGGCAUGCAGACCUACUUCCGUUUGAGGUUGAAGCAGCAGGGCGAGGAUAAGUACAAGUAUGUGGACGCCAAGCCGGGUAACUUGAAUGUAUCUCUCGAUGGCCUGAAGCCCGGGGCCACCUACUACUUCUCAGUGAUGGCAGCCAACGAGGCGGGGGGCAGCAAGUUCAUGCCGGACAUCAAGCUGACCCUGAGCAAGGGGUCCCAGCCCCAUUCGGCGGAGUAUACGGAAAAGGACGAGCUUCCCAAUGUCAUGAUCAUUGGAAUAACCUCUGCUGCCAUGGUGCUGUUGGUCCUAAACGCCGCCCUGGUGGCCUGGUUUGUGAUUCGUCGCCAGAACAAGUCCCAGAGCGAGGCCGAGCCCAGCAACGAUGAUGUCUACUCCAAGGACGACAGCCAGUCGGUUUACAAGCUGCCCAUCACUGCUUUGCAGGCGGAUGUACAGAAGAAAGCAGCCGCCUCCACUUACCUUGUGGAGAACGUGGACAUCAUCCAGUCGACAUCGUAUCCCCCCAAGUACCAGGAGAGCUCCAUGUGCACGCCACCGUAUCCGCUAUGCAAUCCGGACUUUACCCGCACCCUGCCUAAUCCCAAGAGGCACAGUCAAAGGAACAGUGCCACGGGCCUGAUCGAGGGUAUGCCGAUGCGUUCCAAGGACGAUCACAUGCUGAUCUCUAAUGGACUGUACAUCCCGUCACCUUCGCCGGCCUCCUCUCUGGUCAUCAAGGGCAGUUACAUAUCGUCGCCAUCGCCGGCGCCACCUGCCGAUGGAUCUUACUUCAAUAUGAGCGAUAAAUACAUGUCCUAUCCUCCAGUGACUUACUGAGCGUCAGUGACAGGCACGGAAAGCCCAACCCAGCCAAACCCAGCUAGACUGAUUGACAUACAUCAUUCAUAAUCACCUUGCAGAGAAAAAUCAAAAUCGAGAAAAACAUAAACACGAACCACACGAACGAACCCCCAUAGAACCCACAGAACUGGAUGGACUGCCAUCGAAUGGAGGAGCGCGUUUCGUGUCAUUUUGAUUGUUUUGGCCGUCGCUGGUUAUUCACAUAUUGAAUAUUUUUAUUUUUAUUUUGAUUUGGAUUUUAUGUUUGUAAUUAUUACUAUAUGACGUUGAUUAUUACGGAGCGCAAAUGGAGAAACCAUGUUGAGUGUGUUUUGAGAAAAGACAUUUGCAUGCGGCGCUCGAAGGCUGUGAUAAGUACCUGUACCCAAAGCUCUGGCAGACGUUGGCCCGAACCACAACAACACCACACCAAUACAAUUCAAAUCUCAGAUACUCAGAGAACACGCGAGCCACGUUAGCCACAAAACCAAAAAAAACAAGAAAUUAUCUAGAAAAUACCCUAGAAUAUGGGUGUUAUUGGUUUGGCCACGGGGCAGGUGCGCAACCCGCUCUACAAAAUGCUUGCCCUCCACCCAGUUUUUAGUCCACAUCCGAUUAAAAAAGAAGAAAACCUAAAACAGCAGCAUUAGUAGACAAAAAAAAACAUAAAAACAAAACAAAAAAAACAAUUUUACUCUUAAAAUAUUAAUUUGUAGUAAGAUUUUUCGAUAUUAAGUAGUAGGAAUUACGCAUUUUAGCAUUUAGAAUAAAUAUUAACGAGUCUGUCGAGUCGUGACUCAUUCUCAUUAGCAGUUGUUCAAGUUUAAGCUAUAGGACAUACCAAUAUUUAUCAAUAUACGUACUAUACAUAAAUCUAAAUAUACAGACAUCCACACCAGUCCCGAACUCCAAAUCACCAAAUAGAUCAAAAAUAGUAACAUCAAUUAUUGAAACGAAAACGAAAACUAUUUUUAAGUGUGAUUUUUUCUAGACCUAAGACAGGGGACAUACAAAAUAAAUAUACAUAUAUACAUAUAUUCGAAAUAAACAACGUAUUUACAUCA